AUGCCGCGCGACAAAGUAGCUCUUUUAAUUAAUUCGUGCGCUAAGAAACCGAAACCGCGCCGCGUCACGCCGUCGGCGCCGCGGCCCGCCCAGCGCUCCGAGCACAUCGACGACGCGCUCAUGGCGACGAAGCGCCGCCGCGUCGCGUUCGGCGACGUCUCGAUCCACGUCUUCCCCAUGGCCAUCGCCGACAACCCGGCGGUGCGGUCGGGCGUCGCACUCGGGUUGGGCCGGGAGGAGGUGUGUUGCAUCGUGAAAAGUGUCGACGAGCACCAGCCGCUCCGGCCGCGUUUUUAUCCAAGAAGGCCCGUGCCCUGGAUCCAUCCGGAACGGCGGCGGGAGAUCCUCGCCGCCGAAGGGAUCUCGCCGGAGGCCAUCGAGGCGUCGCGGAAACUAGUACGGGCGGCGCAGCUCGAGCGCAUCAAGUCGCUGCCGCCCCUGUAUCAGCUCGAGAAGCUCCCGUGGUUCAUGGCCCGCUCGCUACGAAGAAAGCUCCGGCGCAUCGGGUCGAAGUCUCGAAUCAGUUCGUCGGACAACCUCGCGGCGUUAGCUGAGCCGGGCCCGCCGGGCUCGGACAGUCUGGACGGCGUCAAGCGGAAGCGCGGCGGGCUGGGAUCGGCGGAGGCGCAGGCGGCCGUCGCCGACGCGGACGAUGAUCUGGCGCGGCGCGUGGCCCAGGUCGAACUCGACGCGAAGGCAGCGGAAGUCGCCGCGCCCGCGCUCGCGACGAUGGACGGGUCGCUCCACGCGCUGCCGAGCAAGCCGGCGCCGGGCCUCGACGACAUGGACGGCUCGCUCUACAACCUCCGCGCCUUCGGGUAG